GCGGCGGCGGCGGCGGGGGCGGCGUCAUGGCGGAGCUGGUGCAAGGCCCGAGCGCGCCGGUGGGGAUGAAGCCCGAGGGCUUCGUGGACGCGCUGCACCGGGUUCGGCAGAUAGCCUCAGGACUCAUUGUGUUAGAAGAAGGCCUGCGCUCGCUGGAAGAUGUGGUUUUCCAUCUCUGUCCGCUAUGCCGGGGGAGGGAACCCCCCUGUACCUGUUGCCCCGAUACUGACUCUUUUCCGUUGUAAUACUGCUGCUCCUCCUCCUCCUGUAGACCUGGUGUUGGAUCCAAACCUGUGGUUCCACCUAACCUCUUAGCCGCUGACUCCUUCCUUUACUGCCUAGGCCGCCAGCCAGAACAGUUCCUAGCGAAUCUCCUCCUCCAUCUCUCUUAGACUUGUGAGCCCGCCCGGCUGUCGUCUGGAUGAACCUGUACAUCCAACUUCCUCUCUUCCCGUCACUCUGCCUGUCUGCCGGCGGGCCACACUGCUCUUCUCUCCAGGACAGGGUUCUGAACUGGUUGUUUUUUCUCUCGCUGGCUUUUCCACUCUGUGCCGCGCUGUGUGACAAGCACCUUGCUGGCCUCUUCUGUAUCCAGGAAGAAUUCUAGCCACUGCCCUCCCCACCCCUACCCCCAAAGAGCACAGCCCCUCUGUUGGCAGAAGGCCUGUAGUUGAACCUAAAGUGAAGUGUUGAACCUUUUUUGGCAAGACUCUGCUUCUCUUGAGCCGGUGGUUGAGAAUCCAUGUUCUUGGACAACAAGCGGGCGGGCGACCCUCUUGUUAAAAUGCUGGCCCAGUGGUGGACUGUUGAUGCAGUGUCUGGGCACUCACUCACUACUAGCAGAGACAAACUUCAUUGGAAAUGGUCCCAGCUCUGAAAUGCGCCCUUGACUGGAGCAGUCAUGAGCCCCAAUGGAGCCAAUGCUAUUGCUGCUAAGAUUGAUUCAAUUCCUCACUUGAAUAACUCCACUCCCCUCGUGGACCCCUCAGUCUAUGGAUACGGAGCACAGAAACGGCCCCUGGACGAUGCAGUAGGUAACCAGUUAGGGGCCUUGGUACAUCAAAGGGCAGUAAUCACAGAAGAAUUCAAAGUGCCUGACAAAAUGGUUGGCUUUAUUAUUGGCAGGGGAGGUGAGCAGAUCUCACGGAUUCAAGCAGAAUCUGGUUGCAAAAUUCAGAUUGCUUCAGAGAGUUCUGGGAUACCAGAGAGGCCCUGUGUACUUACCGGAACCCCAGAAAGUAUUGAACAAGCCAAGCGGCUCCUGGGCCAGAUCGUGGACCGCUGUCGGAAUGGGCCCGGCUUCCACAACGACGUGGACGGCAGCAGCACCAUCCAGGAACUGCUCAUUCCCGCAUCCAAAGUGGGCCUGGUCAUCGGCAAAGGCGGGGAGACGAUAAAGCAGCUGCAGGAGCGGACGGGGGUGAAAAUGGUCAUGAUCCAGGAUGGCCCGCUGCCUACGGGAGCGGACAAACCUCUUCGAAUCACCGGAGACCCGUUCAAGGUCCAGCAAGCCCGGGAGAUGGUAUUGGAGAUCAUCCGGGAGAAAGACCAAGCCGACUUUCGUGGCGUGCGUGGCGAUUUUGGCUCCCGGCUGGGUGGUGGCAGCAUUGAGGUGUCUGUGCCCCGGUUUGCUGUGGGGAUCGUCAUUGGAAGAAAUGGGGAAAUGAUCAAGAAGAUCCAGAAUGAUGCCGGAGUGAGGAUCCAGUUCAAGCCAGAUGAUGGCAUCAGUCCCGAGAGAGCUGCGCAGGUCAUGGGCACCCCAGACCGGUGUCAGCACGCAGCCCACGUCAUCAGCGAGCUCAUUCUUACAGCCCAGGAGAGAGACGGCUUCGGGGGCCUGGCAGUGGCCCGUGGCCGAGGCCGAGGCCGCGGGGACUGGAGUGUGGGAGCACCUGGGGGCGUGCAGGAAAUCACGUACUCAGUACCCGCAGACAAGUGUGGCCUGGUUAUCGGCAAAGGGGGCGAGAACAUCAAGAGCAUAAACCAGCAGUCGGGCGCCCACGUGGAGCUGCAGCGGAACCCACCGCCCAGCACUGACCCUGGCCUGCGCAUCUUCACCAUCAGGGGGGCACCCCAGCAGAUCGAAGUGGCCCGGCACCUCAUCGACGAGAAAGUGGGCGGUGCGGGUCUUGGAGUACCAGGUGCCUUCGGACAGAGCCCCUUCAGCCCACCACCCGCCGCACACCCCACCUCUUUCCCACCCCGGAGCUCCGGCUGCUUCCCCAGCCUUGCUGCUAAAGUGAAUGGAAACCCGCACAGUGGCCCUGUGAGCGCUCCCCCCGCCUUCCUGACGCAGGGCUGGGGCAGCACCUACCAGCCAUGGCAGCAGUCCGCACCGCAGGUCCCAAGCCAGCAGAGCCAGCCGCAGGGUGGGCAACCUGACUACAGCAAGGCAUGGGAGGAGUAUUACAAGAAACAGAGUCACCCUGCCAGUGCGGCGCCCCCGGCCAGCUCCCCACCCGACUACACAAUGGCCUGGGCCGAGUAUUACCGGCAGCAGGUCGCCUUCUACGGGCAGACGUUGGGGCAGGCCCAGGCCCACAGCCAGGUCGGUACCAGCCCCAGCGCUCGACAGACCCCGGGCCUGCCCCAGCCCCCUCCCAGCCCCCUGGGCACCCUGACCCCAGGCCGGCCGCCAGGCGCUGCCCCAGCAGACCUGCUUUUGCCCAGACCCCACUGGGCAGCCUGGGCCUCUCCUCACCCCAGGAAGGAGCCAGGGCCCGGUGGAAGAGGGCCGGGCCGGUCACUGCCCCCAAGCGCCUGACCAGCCCCGACAGCCGCCUCGUGCCAAGUCCUACUCAAUUGAUCGCUCCCUUUGCCCUCAGUUUCCCCGACUGUGCAAGAGGAUGCCAAGCUUAGCCACUCAGGGUGUCUGUUCUAUGAGGCGGGUGGACGGGCUGGGGGGAUAGUGGUGCGUCCUGUUGGUGGGAGGCCAGCCUGGCAUGGUUUUCAGUCAGAGACACCCCAUGCCCCCAGGGCUCUUUCCUUCCAGUUGCCCGGGGCCACCCAGCCUUGGCCACACCUGCCCCAAGGGGUGAGAUAGCAGGGGUCCCCCCACCCUGCACACCCCCUGCUCAGUGUCCAACUGUCUAUCCCUGGGGCGGGAGGCGCCAUGCUAGGGGUGCCGAGGCGGGUCCCCUCCCCGCCCUGACCUCUCCC